CUUCGUUGUCGUCGUCUUCUUCUACAGAGUACGAACGUUGAUCCAGUGGGGAAAUGGCGCUGUGGAGAUGUGGCAGAGCUUCAACGAGCUUGGUGAGCAAGCUCGUCAAUGGAGCCUGCAGUAAUCAUCAGGCCUUUCGUAGUCUUUCCGCGGCUGCAGCUGAUGGGUAUGCUGAUGCUCAUUCCUUGCGAGACACCAUGAUGGGACAGAUGCUUCACCUCGACAUAAAUUCCCAAAUUGGGAGCUGCAUGCCUCUUGCUGCAAUGCGGAUCGGGACGAUGAUCCACAAUAUCGAGCUUAAGCCCAGUCAAGGUGGGAAGCUAGUUCGAGCUGCUGGUACUUCCGCUAAGAUCCUGAAGGAACCCACCUCUAGAUAUGUCCUAGUGAGGCUGCCCUCUGGGCAUGAGAAACAGAUUGAUACCAGGUGCCGCGCAACAGUCGGUCAGGUCUCGAACCCGAGCCAUGGGGCCCGGAAGCUUAGAAAGGCAGGACAGAGCCGGUGGCUUGGUCGACGGCCGGUUGUUAGGGGUGUUGCUAUGAAUCCUCACGAUCAUCCUCACGGAGGAGGUGAGGGAAGGAGCAAAAGUAGCGGUAGCUAUGGGCAUUGUUCUCGCACCCCCUGGGGAAAGCCUAGCAAGUCCGGUUACAAGACUGGACCUCUUAAGCGUAGAAGAUAGAACUUUUCUUUCCUGCACUUUUAUCUCAUAUUUGGAGUUUGUUUUUGCCCCUCGGAUUAGGCCAAUGUUGUCUGCUAACACAAAUUUUUAGAUGUCUGUAAUAAUCUCGGCUCAUUAUUCUCGGGGUUUGAAUAGUCAAGUACCAAGAGAUCAUCACUUGUCUUUUGAAAUGCA